AGCUUAAAAAAUGCAAUUAUUUUGCAAACAUUUACCUCAUAGGUGUAGAAGUAAAGUACAGUUUUAUUUAUUCCGACACUUCUCAUCGAAAAAUUGGGAUGUUGUCAGUAACUGUGAAGUAAAACGAUUUGCCAAGGAUUGCAUGACAUGUGUUGGCACUAAGCCUGGUCAUGCCGAGAGCUUAGCCGAAGUUCUGGUACAAGCAGACUACAGGGGGCACUACAGCCAUGGUCUUAAUCGAUUAGAUAUGUAUGUAAAAGACAUACAGACUGGCAUAACAGUCUCUGACAAAGAGCCAGUCAUUCUCAAGGAAGGCCCAGCCACUGCCUUUAUAGAUGGACAAAAUGUCCUUGGUCCAGUGGUCGGCAAUUUCUGUAUGGACAUAGCCAUAACUAAAGCUAAGCAAUCUGGAGUUGGAUGGGUUGUGGCCAAAGGUUCUAACCAUUAUGGUAUUGCGGGUCAUUAUGCAAUAAGAGCAAGUGACAAAGGACUUCUGGGGAUGUCCUUUACCAACACGUCGCCAUUAGUAGUGCCAACUCGAGCAAAAAAGCCAAUUCUAGGGACCAACCCAAUAAGUUUAGCUGCCCAAGGUCUCCACAGUGACAGUUUUGUUCUGGAUAUGGCUACCUCAACAGCUGCAUUAGGCAAAAUAGAGUUGCAUGAGAGAAAACAAAUACCUAUUUCAGACAGUUGGGGUGUAGAUGCUCAUGGAAAGAUGACAAAUAAUCCAACAGAAGUGUUAAAUGGUGGGGGCCAAAUGCCACUGGGUGGGGCAGAAGAGACAAGUGGAUACAAAGGCUCAGGGCUUGGCUUCCUGGUGGAGAUAUUUUGCGGGAUUUUAAGUGGAUCAGCUUACGGACCAAACAUCAGAAGGUGGAAAAAUACCACAACAGUUGCGAAUCUGGGUCAGUGUUUUAUUGCCAUAGAACCUAAUUCUUUCAUGCCUGGAUUUGAGGAGAGAAUGUCUGAUCUGAUGGGCAUAUGCCGUAAUCUGGAACCCGCAGAAAAAGACAAAGAUGUUUUAGUGGCUGGUGACCCUGAAAGAAUUCACAUGAAAAUGUGUGAUGACAGAGGGGGAAUCCCUUACCAUCCUAAUCAGAUUCAAUAUGCGGUUGACUUGGCAAAGACACUGAAUGUAAAGGCUAUGGAAACAAAGAAAUAGAACAAGAUGUCCAUGUUAUAUAGCUAAAGUGUAUCAUUGAGGGAGUGAGCAAGAUUCUGAGCUUUAUAAAUAAACUCAUUACUAAGACCAAAAUGUAAUUUUGUGAAUAAUUUUCUUUUUAAUAUGGAAAAUGGUUUUAAUAAUGUAACUCCUUGAUGUUUUUAAACUUUUUUUUUUAUAAAAGAUUGUAGAAAGAUAAUUUUAUGCAAGCAAUUUUUAACAGAUUCAUUAAUUUGGCAAGAUUUUACAAUCAGCUUAUGUUUCAAUGGCCCUUUUCACAAAAAAUCAUGACUAAGACAAAAAUUUUUCCAUUCCUCAACAAGUAUCUAACCUUAUAUAUCUAUGACAUUAGAUUACAUUGUAAAAUAAUAUUUAAAAAAUAUAUAUACUUAUAAAACCAAAAAUCACAGGGAUGUCAAAUUUUCAUCUUAGUCCUAAGAUGUUUUGUGAAAAGGGCCACAGGUCUUUUGUAACAUGAGUCCCUGGUUCCUUGAGAUCAGGUUUAAUUCAAGUGGCAAAGCUUCAUACCAGGGGUAGAGUCUCUUCAAAGGAAACCAGAAUCUUGUUGUAACUUAUUCUUAACUUAAACUAUUUUAUUAUAAUCAUUAUGAUACAAAAGUUAAGUGUGGAUCAAGGCUUCACUCAAGAAUUUAUCGACUUUCUGCAUACUUUCUGCUUCCCAUCUAAAGACAAUAACAAAGAUGCAUAUUAAUGAUUUUUUGGGGUGACAAUAUUGAAUCAAGGAAAUUUUAGGAGAUUGGGUAAAUAUUAAUGAACUAUUUAUAUGCAGGAAAUCAGUUGGGGAUCUGCGACAGAGAGAAAUUACUGUAAGAUUGAAUGGUGUGUGUGAGAACUGGUUACUUGUUAAUUGUUCACUUUUUAUUUAUAACAUUGUGUUAUUAGUGUGACUGAUGUAUAAAUCUUGUCUGGUAUAGUAAUCAAGCCAAGUAUGGAUUAUUUUGCUUGAUAAUGUAACUCCUUGCAAGUGCUUUAAAAUACACUGUACAUGUAUAUGUAAUUACUGUACCAAAAAAUGCAUUCAGUCUUCUGUAUUUUUUGCAUAACACAAAUACAUCUAUUAUUUUUCUAAAAUGGUGCUUUAUAAUAAUACACCUGUAAAGUAA